AUGGCUUAUCCCGAGUUUCAUCGGCAUCACCCUGAGCUCAAAGGGGGACAACCUGUCUUCCACGACACAGACGGGUCUCCUGUGUAUGAAAGUCCCUAUCAGGGGCUGCUUUGUUCAAUCAUCAACCGCAACGACACGUCGGCUCUUCGUCUGUACAAUGAUUGCCCACACUCUUCUAUCUUCUUGCAGGCUUACGACGCCGCUUAUUACAAUCCUUUCAGUACCACUUUAGGGUGCCACAGCUAUGAUGUACUAAGUACACUGAUCCAGAUUUAUCUUUCAGAUACAUCGCUCACCGAGCCUCUGGAGAAAUAUCUCAAGCGCUUUUAUGUCUCUCUCGUCCAUGAGGCUUGCUCUGCUGCGGACCAAGAUCUAGUUUUGUUGUUAAUAAACCACAACCCACCGCUAGGGACUUUACGUGAUCGAAGUUUCAGGGAUAGGACACCUUUGUUAUGCGCGGCCGAGGCGCUGGGGGAAGUGGGAGGACUUAUGGUGGAUGCUAAAGCUGGGGAGAGUCUUCCUGUUGCUAGGCAGAAGGCACGUGAGCAUCGAGACCGUAUCGAGGAUUUUAUUUACUGGCUCUUGAGGAGUGGCUGCUCAGUAUCCGAGUCCGAUGCCUUCGAGCAAGAUUACAAACACGACAAGGACCCAGAGAAAGCGCUGACGCUAACGGGUACUGUUCUCGGUGCAGCCAUUCCCUAUGCGACCCAGGCGAUGGUUUUGCAUCUCAUUGCCAUUGGAGCUGACGUCCAUGCUCGGCAGGUGUGGUAUGGUGUUCACACCGGGAUGACUUCCGGCGGAGGAGUGACCCCGCUACAUAUCGCAGCUUCCUACUGGAAUCUGGAAGCUAUGCAAGCGCUUAUUAAUCUUCGUAGCAAUGCUGAGAUUUCGGAGAUGGUGUCUGUUGCCGACGAUGAAGGACGGCUCCCGCUUCACUGGGCGUUGCACGGUACCGCGGACAGGCGCGAAGAAAAGGACAACUCAGAGAUUGUCUCACGAAUGGCAGAGACCGUUGAAACUCUUCUCAACAUAAGGCCCGACACUAUCAACGCUAGAGACCGACAGGGUGCUACGACCUUUCAUUACGCGGUGGAUACUAGUUUAGGAUUCGUGGCCGUUUCUCAAGCCAUUGAACCGCUUCUGUCCGCCAAGCCCUCUCCUGAAAUACUGAACACCCGCAAUGGCCGAGGUUCAACGGCUCUCGGAGAGGCAGCCAGGCCUUUUACCUUAUUUGGUGGUAACCUAAACCAACUAGCAGACUUGGUCAAGACACUCAUCACGAAUGGGGCCGAUGCACGCUUAUGCGCCGACAAGGGACGCAGUUUCCUCCAUGUAUUAAGCAAUUAUUCCUGGGCACAAGAUAUUCCCCCUGCCUUGCUGGACUUCCUUCUCGAAACCGUUGAUGUCAACCAGGCUGAUGCCGACGGCUGCACGGCUCUGCAUUACUUGGUGAAGAAUCUAGAUCAAAGUGAUGCUAUUCUGCAUCUUCUCAGUCGGGGCGCGGAUGUCAGUGCCGUUGACCGGAAGGGAAAUACACCUUUGCACGAGGUGAUGAAGGGGAAAAUGCUUAGAAAGGUGUAUGCAAAUAGAGAGGUUGAGCCUCUAGCACCGAAUCUUCUUCGACGGACGCGAGAUGAGUUGAUCCUUGCCUUGCUGAACGCUGGAGCAUCUAUGGAUCAGACAAAUAUAGCUGGCCAAACACCAAAACAGGUAUUGGACUGUGUAUUAGAAGAGCGAGAAGGACAGAAGCAGAGGGAAGCAGCAAAGCGUGCUAAGUGGGGUGAGGAUCCGAUUGUUCGCCAGGAUCGGGGACGAGUGGUCGCGUAUGUGAAUUCGGGUUCUUGA